GAACCCAAAACUUGAUGGUACUUUGAUUUAAUUCUCAGAGUAGUGAAUUUUGAUUCGUAGUUUCCAGUUUUGGUGUUUGCAGGAGCGGUUGGAGAUGAAUAUACGAUGCUUCCAGCGGAAUUUUUCUGCUGCUUUGCCUCCUUUGGUUCCCUUGCAGCUUCCGUCUCCUAGUUAAUGGAAACCCAUCUUUGGUACAUAUUGCCUGAUGAGGUGAAGAGUUGGGGUCUUUUAAAUCAGUAUUCUGAACUCUUAUCCCCAUGUGAAAUAGAGAGUGUUAACCGAAUGCGUGGAGACCAACUAAAGAAAAGAGCUCUUCUUGCUCGAGCCUUGGUUCGCACUACCAUUGCCAGAUAUCAGACAAAUUGUCAAAUGAAUCCCAGAUCUUUGAAAUUUAGGAAGAAUACGUACGGGAAGCCUGAGGUGGAGUGGCGAAACGAGGACAACUUCGGCCCACUGCCAUUGCAUUUUAAUCUCUCACACACAUCUACUAUGAUUGCUUGUGGUGUCACAGUAAAUGUGCCAAUUGGCAUUGAUAUCGAAGAGAAGCAACGAAGGACAAAAAACAAUUUAAUAGCCUUCGCUCGACGCUAUUUUUCGGCUUACGAAGUGAAAGUUUUAACUUCUAUAUCAGAACCUGAAGUUCAGCGUCAGGAGUUUAUCAAAUUAUGGACACUCAAAGAGGCAUAUGUAAAAGCAUUGGGAAAAGGCUUUUUGGCUGUACCUUUCAAGACCUUCACUAUUCGAUUUAGGAACACUACUACGCGGGACUUUCAUCCUCCUGGAAGUUCAGUUUCUGAGGUUUUUACAACUUGGUAUAUAUGGAAUAUAAAUAGAGAAACGACAUCAUUGAACGUUUAUGAAUGAAUUGUAUCGGGAGUUUUUUAUUAACACCGGUCACGUUGACAAGCAUCUGAUAUAAUUGUUGAAUCACCUGAUGACCCCACGAAUCCUACGAACAAUUGGCAAUUCGCACUCCUGGAAGUGUCUGGUUCUCACCAUGGUGCCAUUUGUAUAGAAAAGGAUAGAAUUGCUGGAGGUAAGAUUCUGAUAAUUGGUUUAAGAUGGUCGUGGAAUACAUGUUUGCUAAAACUUCAACAUUUUGUUUGCGUGAAGCAAAUGCACUGAUGAAACUGUCUCUGGAAAACCGUUCCAUUCGUUGAAGAUGUUUGUCUCCGGAACCGACGCAAUCAUAGACCUAGGUCACAUAAUUGAGCAAUAGCAGCAAUACACUGGAAUGGUGAAACUAAUGUAACAUUAUAAAAUUUGACGACGUUGUAAUCUGUAUUAUCCGCAACUACUGUUUUGAGACUUGAGUAGAAGAAAUCAAUGCAUUGAUUCU